UUUCCACCAUGCCCGACUCCGACGCCUCCCCGCGCAACGACUACGAACGCGAGUUUGUCGCAAUGAUGGCCGACGUCGACGUCCUAAUUGAGAGCAUCACGAACCCGCAUCACCGCAAGAUUCUGGUAAACUACCGCCGCCACGGCCUACUCGAAGUCGCAGGCCGAUACGCCGAGCUCCUCGCGCCCACCAUGACCGUCGAAGAGCCGGCAUACCGCAUCGUCGAAGGCGGCAAAACCACGCUGCUCACGGGCAUGGCGCAGGUCCGCGCGUUCUACGAAAGCCUGCAUGCGCUCGACAUGCUCGUCAUGUGGACGGGGCGGCAGCGCAUGGCCGUGCACGACUGGGGGUUUGCGGGCGAGGCGCAGUUCUCCCAGUUCGUCCCCGGGCGGAUGAUGGCGGACAACGUGUUUGCGGCGGUGGGCGGGGAGGCGCAGGCGCAGGCGCAGGCAGAGGGGGGAAAUAAGGAGGGAGGGGUGGACCCCGACGCGUGGUAUCUCGUCCGCCGCACGUUCGCUUUCGUGUGGCCGUACGCGGCGGACGGGCGCAUGAUUGGCGAGCAUGUGUAUGAGGACCCGGCGACCAAGACGGUCGAGAGGGUCGACAAGGACGUGGUUAUUACGGGCGCGCGGGCGGCCGUGCUCCUCGCCCCGAUUAUCGACAAGUACGGCCGGUGUGAGGACUAGUCAGUAGAAUGAAUAUGUCAGAAGGAUCCG